UUGUGGAUCAAGUGGAGGUCAGCACUGGAGCCGAUCUUUCCUUUACUGAUUGUCGACUUGGACCAUUCGGAGCAACUUUCCAAAUUCGAUCUUUCUUGCAAGAAAGGUGGUUUUUUUUUUCUCACCGCUUACGGAAAAAAAAUUGGGACUAAAACUUUUUGGGGGUGCUCAAAAUGUCAGGCAAAGUCAAAAAAACGGGAAAGGAAAUGAAGACACAAGUCGAUGAGAAUCAAUUAAGGAAAGAAUUAAGAAAUCAGAAAAAAGUCAAUAAUAAAAUUGACAAUGACAAAAAUGAUCAAUCCUCAAUCGAUAAUGUUGAUCUCUCAUUAAAACCAACAAAAGAAAUUCAUUUAGGAGGAAUUGAGGGUGGAGCCACUCAUUCGACAUUAAUCGUAAUUGAUGGUGAGGGCAAUAAAUUGACGGAAAUUAAGGGACCUGGUACAAAUCACUGGGCGCUUGGCAUGCAAGAAACAGCUGCAAGAAUCAGUGGUAUGAUUGAUAAAGCCAAGGAAGAACUUCAUUUGCCAGAAACAGUUGUCUUCGAUUGUGUGGGUUUAACUUUAAGUGGUUGCGAGGAAGAAGAAACAAAUAAUGCGGUAAGUGAAACACUAUUAAAAGAAUUUCCAAAUGCAUCAAGAGCUUAUUUUGUCGGUUCUGAUACCUUGGGAAGUAUAAAAACUGGCUUAUCUGAUGGUGGAGUGGUGUUGAUAGCCGGGACAGGAAGCAAUGCACUUUUAAUUAACCCAGACGGUUCAACUCACGGUUGCGGUGGAUGGGGUCACAUGAUGGGGGAUGAGGGUGGAGCGUUUUGGAUGGCGCAUAGAGCUUGCAAAUAUGUAUUCGACGAUAUCGAUGGAUUGGUGAAAGCUCCAUAUUCCAUUGAUUAUAUUUGGUCGGCGAUGAAACAUUUUUUCCACGUCACAGAAAGACAUCAAAUGCUAAGGCAUUUGUAUGGUGAAUUUCAAAAAAGUCAAUUCGCCUUGUUUACGAAGGAAAUUGUCACUGGCUGCGAAAAAGAUGAUAGUCUUUCGUUGUUGAUUUUCGAAGACACUGGUAAAAUUUUAGCCAAACAUAUCGAAGCUGUUUACAAAAAAGCACACAAUGAUCUGAAAUUAGCUGAAGGUGGCUUGAAAAUAGUGUGCGUGGGAUCGGUGUGGAAAUCAUGGAAAUUCAUGAAAAAAGGCUUUAUCGAACAAAUUCAUAAAGGACAAAUCAUCGAUGAAUUGACUCUUCUUUUAUUAACAACUUCAUCAGCUUGGGGCGCCUGUUAUCUUGCAGCGGAAAAAAUCAACUGUUCGUCCGUGAAAAAAAUAUAUGAAAACAAUGCAGACGUUAUCUAUCAUUAUAAACGUAAUAAUUGCGGAUAUCCUUAAAUAUUAUAAAUCAUUCAAUAAUUUCAAAUGUGUAAAAAUUAUUUUAAUUUAAAACUUUUUUUUUUUAAAUUAAAAAUCUCAAUUUUUAUAGAAAAAAAAAUUUGAUAAAUUUUUUAGUAUGUAAA